AUGGCGUCUAUUGCGACCAGUCUCGUUGUUAUUGUUACCAUGUUGGUCUCAGCCGUGGCCGUAGCUUCAGAGUCCAACAUGCUUCAAGAUGUUUGUGUUGCUGAUUUGUCCAAUGCGGUCAAGGUCAAUGGAUACACAUGCAAGGACUCAACACAAGUAACACCCGAACACUUUUUCUUUCAAGGCUUAGCCACCGCCGCAGCCGCCUCAAACACAAGCACCGGCGCCGUUGUAACCGGAGCCACCGUGGAGAAGCUACCAGGACUCAACACUCUCGGUCUCUCCAUGUCCCGCAUUGACUACGCACCAAACGGCCUAAACCCACCGCACGUUCACCCACGUGCUUCCGAGAUCAUCUUUGUCCUAGAGGGUCAGCUCCACGUAGGCUUCGUAACAACCGCAGGAAAACUCGUCGACAAGUACAUCAACAAAGGAGAUGUUUUCGUUUUCCCCAAAGGACUUCUCCAUUUUCAGAAGAACAUAGCUAGGUCGGCUCCUGCUUCUGUAAUAGCGGCUUUUGAUAGCCAGUUGCCUGGAACACAGUCACUAGUGUCCUCUCUUUUUGGAGCUCUCCCUGAUGACAUUCUCGUUAAGUCAUUCCAGUUCAAACCCAAACAAGUUAAGAGGAUCAAGUCCAGAUACCAACCCAAGAAAUGA